GAAAAUCUUCAGUCGUUGACGGCUCUUUGAUGUGCGAAUUACCUCUUUAACGCGAAACAGUGAGAAACAAAGUGUAUGACUAAUAAAUAUAAUAUUGCAAUAAAAAAUACACAAAAACCAAAUACUUGAAACGGUAAGAUUCCGUUGGUGAAAGUUUUCGUCGGUUCGGUCACUUAAAGAUGUAAGCUGCCGGGCAUCUCUCACACAAUCAGCGGGGAUUUCAUACUCACGAAUGCAUGUCGCGUAUACGCCACCGUAUAGCAUUAGGAGGAGUCAUAAGCUAGUUCCUCAUAAACGCCCGGAAAGCGAAGCUUACAGGGCAGUUUUAAUGUAAAAGUGUAAACUAAAUCGGAAGCAAUAGAAAAGUUAAGAAAAGCGAAAAUAAAAACAAAACAAAAUAGAAAUUUGCGACAAAACCACAGCGAGAAAGAGAGAGGGAAGUGCAUGCAAAUGAGUUGAAAAAUGUUCACUACCUAAAGCACUGCAAAAAAUAGUGAACAGCUUGGCGUUGAAUUAAAGUCACCGAUAAAAUAGUCGUAGCAUAGCAUUCCCAGUCUGCUUAAAACAAAGCAAUAACACAAAACAUGGACUGAAGUGAAGCCGGAAAAUCGCGGAAACCGUAUCGACCCGUCGGUGUGAGUGUGUAAGUGCAAAAUGCAAUGGUGAAAGUAAACUCUCGUUUAUUUGUUUGUGUGUGAGUGCAGUCACAGUUAAGCCUGUUCCGUCAUUCUGUCGCUUAUCGCUCGUUUCGCGUGCCUACACACCGGCGUGGCUCAAUAAAGUAACGAAAAUCCUCUGCUUCUCGACCUCUGCGAGCGACAGUCGAUUCGCGUUCAACUGUGCAAGUGACUCAACAAGUGGAAAAGGGUUUAAACCCCACGUUUUAUUGUCCUGAAAUGGGUGGAAUAUAAUACAAGAAGUACGAAGCUUACUUGCAGACCAAUAUUGAAUAUAUGAACGAGUAUUUGUUCCAAAAGCGGAGCAGUUAAAUAGUGACGGAGUUUCCUUGAUCAACCGACUAACCCACACCAACCCAAAAUGUAUGGAUUCGUUAAUUACGCCUUGGAGCUGCUUGUGUUGAAGAACUUCGGUGAAGAAAUAUGGGACCAAAUAAAGAAAAAAGCGAUGGUCAGCAUGGAAGGUCAGUUUUUGGUGCGACAAACAUAUGACGAUGAAAUCACCUACAAUCUCAUUGGCGCAGCGGUGGAGAUAUUACAUAUACCAGCCGACGAUAUAUUAGAGCUCUUUGGUAAGACAUUUUUCGAGUUUUGCCAGGAUUCGGGUUAUGACAAAAUUCUGCAAGUGUUGGGCGCCACACCGCGCGACUUUCUACAGAACUUGGAUGCGCUGCAUGACCAUCUGGGCACACUUUACCCCGGAAUGAGGGCACCUUCAUUUCGUUGUACUGAGAAGGAUGGCUCACUCUUGUUACAUUACUACUCAGAACGUCCCGGUUUGGAGCACAUCGUGAUUGGUAUUGUUAAGGCGGUGGCAUCCAAACUGCAUGGCGUCGAGGUGGAAAUUGAGAUCGUCAAACGGAAAGGUGAUCCCAUCGAUGAAGAAGACCGCACGGAUGUGUUUACGCAACAACAACAACAGCAGCAGCAGCAAUCAAGUAGCACAAUACCAACUGAAAAUCUACCAGAAGAGAAUAACAAUCACAAUAACACCAAUAAUAAUGCCAGCAAUAACAAUAACAACGAAACCGAUGCGGAUGAUGACGAUGAUGUGGUGGUGUUAUCAGCCGCAGAUGUUAGCAAUAAAAAGCAAGCUCGUUGUCCUUUUGGCCGCACUAAAUCCCACUCGGCCUCGUCGAUGAGUAGCGGCGGCAAGCAGGCGGAUAGUUUCGACAGCGACCCCGACAAACAGGAGCAGAAAUGUUUGCGUUUGCUCAAAAACAAGAGCGACGACAUCGAACGCUACGAUCAUGUGCAGUUUCUAAUUCGUGAAAUCGGCGCCAGCAGCAGCAAUGGUACAGCGGGUGCGGGCAACGCUACAACAACGGCCACCACAUCGCUAGCCUCGUCGGCGAGCGGGGACGAGCGCGCGAUAGCCAUGUGCCGAGAGGAGGCCAAGGAGCCGCCGGAUGAGAUAGACUUUUUGUGUGAAGCGCCGCUUAUCUCGCCCGCCACAUUCUGCAAGGUGUUCCCAUUCCACUUGAUGUUCGAUCGACAAAUGAAAAUUGUGCAGGCCGGCAAAUCCGUUUCGCGCGUCAUUCCAAGAGUUGCGGUGGAAAACUGUUCCAUAUUGGAGGUACUCGAGGCCAUACGUCCGCAUUUACAGUUAAGCUUCGAAAACAUUUUGUCGCACAUCAACACGAUUUACGUAUUGCAGACGCGUCAAGGGGCAAUGGGCAAGCAUGAACGGUACCUGAGGCUAAAGGGUCAAAUGAUGUACAUACCAGAGUCCGAUCGUAUAUUGUUUCAGUGCUAUCCCAGCGUCAUGAAUUUGGAUGAUUUGACAAAAAAGGGUCUCUACAUUUCCGAUGUUCCGCUACACGACGCCACCAGAGAUUUGGUGCUGCUCUCUGAAAAAUUCGAGGCUGAGUAUAAAUUGACAAAGAAUCUGGAGUUGCUUACCGAUAAGCUGCAACAAACCUACAGAGAUUUGGAAAGCGAAAAGCAGAAAACGGACAGGCUUCUCUACUCGGUUCUGCCCAAAUCGGUGGCCAAUGAGCUGCGGCACCAACGCCCCGUGCUGCCUAAACGUUAUGAUUCGGUAACGCUGAUGUUCUCCGGAAUCGUGGGCUUUGGCAAAUACUGCGCUGAGAAUACUGACGCUGAGGGUGCAAUGAAAAUCGUGAAAAUGCUGAAUGAACUAUACACGGUGUUUGAUGCGCUAACCGACUCGAAGCGAAAUCCAAACGUUUAUAAGGUGGAGACUGUUGGCGACAAGUAUAUGGCUGUGUCGGGAUUACCAGAUCACUGUGAAGACCAUGCUAAAUGCAUCGCCCGAUUGGCGCUGGACAUGAUGGAUAUGGCAAAGAAUGUGAAAAUGGGCUCAAAUCCUGUGCAAGUGACAAUUGGCAUUCAUUCGGGCGAGGUGGUGACCGGCGUUAUCGGCAAUCGUGUGCCACGCUACUGUCUCUUUGGCAACACGGUGAAUCUGACAAGCCGCACAGAGACCACGGGUGUGCCGGGACGUAUCAACGUCAGCGAGGAAACUUAUCGAUUGCUCUGCCAUGAGAUUAACCAUGAUGAUUCAUUCAAUCUCGAAUACCGUGGCCCAGUCGUAAUGAAAGGUAAGCCGACACCGAUGGAUUGUUGGUUCCUAACACGCAACACUUCGGCGACAGCAACAAGCGAUAGCGUUACCGACUCUUCAUUGCCACCGAGCACGCCACCUCCAUCAUCGAUGGCAACAAAUCCGAAAGCCAAUAGCAACAACGCAGCAGGGACCGUUUGCAGCAUAAGCGAAUCAUCUGCCGCAACUGUGGCAGCGGCUACGCAGUCAUUAUGCACAACAGAUGAUGGUGCUGCAACUAGACAAGCACCUCUGGCAACGCCACACACAAACACUUUCUCGCCCACAUCGCCGGCCUCAUCAUCGUCCUCCUCGGCCGUUACUGUGGCAAGUGGCGGCGUCGCAUCCGCCGGAACAGACACCAACAUUGAUGUGCCAGCUGCUGCGCUACCUGCUGAAUUGACAUAGGAAAUGUGCAACGACUCGUCAUGCUGCUGCUGAAACAUACUUUAAGUACGGAGAAGAGUGAAAAUGCGGCUAGCACAUGAAGUGAGCACGGUACAGAUUAGAUUGGAUUGGUUUGAAUUACAUCAGUUUAGAUUGAAAUGCUGCUGGCGCCUGAGGGGUGUGAAGCGCUGAAUUUCCACAGCACAUUAAAGAAUAUCAAAAAUGCAAUGAACACCAUAUACUUGCGAAGCGCUGUUACCCCUUAACAUACUCGUAUACAUAUGUGAUGGUUCCAAACAAGUAAGAAACACUCAUGGAGUCUCUAGAAUUACUUACCCAGAAUAUUUGGAUGGGCAAUUACCGAAAAAUGUUAUGAAAUUCUCCCGAUACAAUCUGCCCUACAUAAAUGUCACACAAUAUUAUCGAAUGCAGUAAAACUUAAUUACAUUGGACAUUCAACCUCAAAUAUGUGCAACAACAGUAUUUAUAGUUAAUGUAUAUUAAUCAUUGGCGGAAACAAAUAAAAAAACUGCAUAAGAUAAAUUAAUGAAAUCAAAACAAGUACAAUAGAGAUUCAUAAAUCAAAGGGAUUAUGUUCGCAGCAGAUCAUAUAAAAAACCAGUGAACCACAAAAGGAAUAUGAAAACGAUGGUCAUUAAACUGAAAUAAGCUGAAAUAGAACAAAGUAAAACCAUUGCUGUAGUUGAACAAAAGCGAACUUAAUGAAAAGGCUAAAUUUAACUUGGAACAUUAGCCUAAACAGUGUAUUUUUUAAUUAAAAUCACCCAGUGACCGAAUGCCUAAAGGAUUCAGAGACACAUUUCUGCAGUUUCUUUUAUAUUGUCACACCAUAUUUAAUGGAAUUCCUGGUUAGAAAUGAAUCAAAGAAAAUGUUUAAAAUAUUAUCCACUCACAACCGUUAUUUUACUAUAAUGGCCGUUUUCUAUCUUUGGGCGCUCCUCUCUUUCCAACAAAAUUACAUAUAAACCAACAACAAAGUUAUCGCGUUGAAUUCAUACAUGAUAGUAUGCGAAUUUCUCCUAAAUGUUUUAUAAUUGGUAUUAUCAGUGCUACCAAGUUUUGUUUCACACAAUUUAUUCCAGUUUUACCAUUGUGAAUUGCUCAACGGAUAAAUUGUUGUCAGAAAUUAAAAUACAACGUUUAUUUUAUUGAUUAUAAAACCCUAAAACUUUAAAUAAAAUAUGCUUAACACUGAAUAAUCAAAUGUUUUUGGCCCGAAGAGAACGUGUCUUCACCAAAAAAAUAUGCGUGUGCGUCAGAAGAAAUAAUUGUGCAAAAUUACUUUGCAAUUGAUGUCAGUUUGUUUGAACAACUCGUAAAGUUCGUUUGAAUCGCUCCUCUCCAGUACUCGACGAAUCGAAGACGACUAUUUUAAAUCAAGUAAUAGGAGAUACACAGUAGUAAAACUGCUAUAUUAUAAUUGAAACAAAACGGUGUAGCAAUGAAAUUAUAUGUGCACAUUAUGGCGUCCAAAACCAUCAAAAUCAAAUAUUCCAUCAUACAGAGUACAAAAUAGCAAAUAAUUUGCAUCAUUUUGGGAUAGUAUGGAAAUAUAAAUCGGAGCCUCUUAUAUGUGAAAAUCUUCAUAGUGACGUGAAAACCAAAAAAGAAAACCUAUUUUUCCUUAAUAUUCAUUAUCUUCUGAAAUGAAAUUAUUUUCAACUGGAUAUGUUUUAAUUCACCCAUAUGUUUAUCAAAAAAAAAAUAAUUUUACACAUUUAUUAAUUCUACUUUUAUAAAAUGUAUACAUCUUCAAUAUUUAUGUUUAAUAAUUAAAACGUUUGGAUAAGGAAAUCCCUUCGAAUAUCUCCACAGCUUGCUGCACUCAAGCUUAACCUUUAAAAAUUUACUUACACAUAUAGGUAUAUAAUCGUAUUUAUAGCUUUUACCUAAAUAUCCAAAACUCAUAUUUUUAAUACAAAAAGAUUUUUUAUUAAUAUGUUUAACAAAAGCUGGUUACGCACACCAAAUCGGUUUUGAUCUACCAUAAAACUCAAAGCUUUCAUCCGAAUCAAACUGCUUUAAUUGAGUAUAUUCUGCUAUUUGAGUGCCUCGCUUCGCCUUUGAAUUGAGUUUAGCCUCGAAAUAAGGAAACAGUGUUCUCCUAGGUUUAACAAUGCUUUCUGGGUUCGUGUUAUACGCGUGUUCAUCGACGUCUGAGCAGGAUGAAAUGCAUGUUAAUGUUUCAUCAGAACUUGUCGACAAAUCAGGCUGAUGUUGAUCGUCGUACAGCCAAGUGCAAUCAUAAUCUAGAAAAUCAUAUUUCGUUUGCCAGUUAUUAGAUAUAGCGGCUGAUAUGUUCAAUUCAGUGCCAAAUUUGGAUUUAAGUUCUUCGAAAUAUUGGCGGAUUUGCUGCCGAGCCCCUCUUUGUGCCUGUCGCAGGCUUCUUUUCCAUUUACGUGGCAUUGUAUAAAUAUCUAAAUCAUAACAAAUGGUCCAGAGUUGCUCAUGAGAUAGACUGGAUUCUACAUUGUAAGAGACUUUAACUUCCUCGAAGUGAACUUUGUCCCUCCACUGCUCCUUUUGUCUAUGCCUGACAGCAACUUUUUCGGAACAGUCUGAAUCAGAGCAGGAGGAAGUGUUGCUCCCUACUCUUGAAACAACACCGAUCCUUCUUCGUUGUAUUACGUCUAACUUCUUCUUAUACUUUUCUUGUUCACUGAGUCCGUUGAAAAGCAAAACACCUUUAGGAAAUUCUGUCGAGGUUUUCAUCUUAUGCCGUGGAUUACAUUGGGUUUUCUCACACAUUAAGUCAGCGGUUUCAGAGUCAUCAAAGCUGGACGAUACAUCUGCUUGGUAUUGCUCAUCAGAUUCAUGUAAAUCAUCGAAAUUAAAGCUAUCACUCCAAACACUCGAUUCUGACGUUGAACUGUCGGGCGUUGUGCUAACGGAAUAUUGUAGUUUAUCAAAUUCUCGUUUUAAUGAUAACUUUUUUCGAAGUGAAUUAUACGAUAUAUUUGAAUAAUCCGAAUCGUAGCGGUUGGCCCAUUUGCAAUAUUCAUUAUUUUUACAAAAUUCGUAGACUUCGGAGGAGCUUUCGUUCAAAUUUUUUGUAAAUUCACUCUCGCUGCACUUAAUAGCAAUGAAAUCGAAACUUUGGUUCCAUUCAAAACCUUCCCAUGAAUGCCAAUCCAUGGUUGUGCCAAACUCCAAGUCAAAUUUGGAAUUAUAUAUAUGCUUUUCGUUGUCAAUAGAUUGAAUAGAUGCUCUUAUUUUCUUACUCAAAGCCAUAAGUCGCAGUUCUGUUUCAUAAUUCCGCAAAUAUUCAUCGAGUUCACCAAAAUCGUAAUAUAUCAAAUGACUUCUAAUAAUAUCUCUAUAGCUCACACCGUUCUGUACGUAUUCUGAGUAUGCUUCUAAAUUGUCAUCACUGGAGACUGCAUGCCGGACGGACUGUUCUCGAGCGUUUGACUUGUGUAGUUGAUCUGUUACGAAUUCACUUGUCGAAUACAUUUUGUAAUUGGGUGAAGAUAUUCUUAAGUUCACAAAAUGAUUUACCAACGACUCACAGUCUGAUUCCGCCUGCAGGUCCCCUUCUUGUUUAAUAUCAAGUGUUAUUUCAGCACUUCUUGUUUCCUCGCUUGUAACUUGUGUACUAAAACCCAGAAGCUCCUCUACUAGUUUCUCUGCGUCGGUUUUCCUUUGCUUAAACAUAAUCUCUGUGUAGCAGUUGAAACAAAUUUUACAUGAACACGCAUUCAUAACGCAGAUGUCUUCUUGACUAUCAUCUUCGUAGGAAUUUUCGGCCGCACCUCCUCUACCAUUAUAGCGAUAGGACAGGUAGUCGAGAUUAUCUCCUGUUUCAAUGCACAUCUUUGCUUUCUUAUCGCUGCCAGUUGUUUGACUGUAGAGAUAAAGGGUGAAACUUGGAAACACCGGAAAGUAUUAUAUUAAUAGCGGGUUCUAAUAUAUAUCGCUGUAACAUUUAUUUUAUAAUGACGAUAACUUGUCGAUCAUCAAGGUUUUUAUACUUUUUAAGGUAACCCAGCGGAAAAAAACAUAAGAACGCGAACGAAAGAUACAUUUAAAACAACCUUGAAAAUACGCAAUUUUCGAACAACAGACGGAGUGGAUGCCACCUUACACAUUUCCACCUUACACAUUUCCACCUUACAACUCUCUCAUCUUACUCUGGUACUUUAGGCUCGAAUCGCCGCACAUGGGAGCUACCAGAAGAAAAUCAAAGACAUUACUCCUAAGGUGAUUUCUAAAAAGAAUAAAUAAGUUAAAUAAAUGCCUUUAUGUUUGUUCAAAAAUUAAAUACACACAUUUAUAUGGUAAUAUGUUACACGCGAACCUAGCAUAAUGUACUGUUAUUAUAAACACUUGCAACCAACUGCCUUCUAAAGUGAGUUCAGGAGAAAACAAAAGCUCAUUUUUAUGUAUAGAUGAGUCACUAGUAUUAUUUGUUACAUAAAUUAAUAGACAACUUUGUUAAUCCUCCUCUCAUGAAUUGUCUUCAUGUUUCUUUUUCUAAACACAACGGGUAUGAUAUCUGUUCCAAAAGGUUUCUUCAUAACAAAGAGCUAACCAGCACAAAGGAUAUUAUAAUCGCAGAAAUCGUAGAUUUGAAGAAUCUUUAACUAAAAUGUAGUUCUAAGCAAAUGCAGUAGAUAAACUAUAAGCCAAGAAACACUCGUAUAUAUAUGGUAUGUAGAUAAUUGUAAACCUUUUCCAAACGCAAUCUAUUAAAGCAAAUAUUCUAAUUGAAACUAUUCUAUGAAGAAGAAAAAUAAAAAAUAAAAAAAUGAAAAUGUUUAUUAUUAUAGAAAGCUCACACAAACACUAACCCACUUAAGAACGCUAAAGCACACCAACAACUCACGUAAUCGUUAUUAGACACUUAAAGCGAGCAUGUGCAAAAGAGUAUACAAGAUGUUACCAUACGUAUUUGUUUAAAAUAAAUGAAAAUAAAUAUAUUGAAACUGAAGACCACACAUAUUGCGAAUAUAAAGUUCCGGCUUGAGUGUGAACUCGUGAGCUCGGAAGUACUUAGUUCUAGGCAACUUAAGCAAUUCUACUAGCUAAUAUUGAUUGACAUACAUACACACUUGGAUAUAGGUGGAAAGAAUUGAAAAUGAAUGUGCAAAAUGUUUUAGGCUAUUUUAAUGUACACAACUGCUAACUUAUAUACUAUAUAUAUAUAUAUGUACAUAUGUACAAGCGUAAGUACAUAACUCUUUAAUAAAGAAAUAUAAAGAAGUUAGUCAACUGACGAGAAUAGCUUUAUAGAUAUUUAAGCUGUCACUUAAACACUAACACAGAUACUCGUACUUAGCUCACACACACACGCACACAAUAUACAAUGUAUGUAUGCAAAUACAAUAUACAAAUAUUAAACAAUAAAUUCUAUGUAAGCAUGGCAAAUAUAAUAUUAACUAGGACGCAGUUUUAUUAACCAAGGACGCAGAUUUAUGUCAGUUUCAUUCUUAAAUAAUAAUUCAUACAAUAACCUUCAAACCACUUCUUUGGCGAUUUCUGGUGUUUUCUCCCUUUAUAACGGGUGUUUUUUUAGAGGUAUAGAACUUUAAAUUGCAAUAAAACAACGAUGGAUUAUUCGAUUAACAUACAUUUUAUUUAUCCAAAAGAUAAUCUUGUGGCAUUAGAUUUUAAAUAUGAUUUCUGGCAUACGGCUGGCUUAGAUGUAGUCCAAUCUGGACGACCAAUUUUCGAUGACUUUUUCCAACAUUUGUGACCGUAUAUCGGCAAUAACACGGCGAAUUUUGUCUUCCAAAUGGUUAAGCGUUUGUAGCUUAUGCGCAUAGACCAGAAAAAGUUAGUAAUUAUGGCUCUACACCGAUCACCAUUGACUGUAACGUUCUGGCCAUCAUCGUUUUUGAAGAAGUACGGACCAAUGAUUCCACCAGCCCAUAAAGCGCACCAAACAGUCAGUUUUUCUGUAUGUAACGGUGUUUCGACAUACACUUGAGGAUUAGCUUCACUCCAAAUUCGGUAGUUUUGUUUGUGGACGUAGCCCUUCAACCAGAAGUGCACUUCAUCGCACUUAGUGGUGCACUUGAACAUAGUGCGCGAUAUGUAUUCCGCACAUAGCCAUUAUUUUCGAAAUAAAAUUGCACUAUUUGCAAGCGUUGUUCAGGCGUGAGUCUAUUCAUGAUGAAUUGCCAAACCAAACUGAGAAUAAAUCACUUGGCACCUGUUAAAUCGGUCGCCAUCUUGAACAGUAAUGCCAACUUAAAGUUCUAUACCUCGGAAAAAAACACCCGUUAUUUUCACCGUUGCUAUAAGCAUUAAAGAAACUUCCUAACAAUAUUGUUGAAAGACUCGAGCGGUAGAGAGAAAUAUAUGCUUUCGGCUCUUUGUUAAAAAAAACAACCUUAAUAUUAAGAGUCAGUUCAGCUGAAGAUACUAGUAUACAUGGACCACUCAACUAACUAAAGUUAAAGAGAAAUAAUGCUGUUUAAAAUUCAUUUUCGAUCAAGCAAUUAUAUUUUAUUGACUCUAUCCAUAUUCUUAAUUUAUUCGAAUAACCCCAAAAGUGUCGGAUUCGAAUCGCAUCAGACAGCCGCUGCUGCUGUUGAGUGUUAACACAACUCCUCGCUUAAAAUAAUUAUUCUCUCUCACAGCGGCUAACUCAUUUUACCCUCUCCUAAUUGUUAAGGGAACUUUCUAAGCGUUUAAUUUAAGUUUUUGAUAAGUUUGUCGCAGUCUUAAUUGCUAAGAGCUUUCCGCUUGCUCACCAUACACUCCGAGUCUUGCUUCUCUCCACUGAAAACUUUCGUGUUAUUUCAACAAUUGCAAAUGCCAAGCAGAACAUAAAAACUGGAAAAUAUGAAUUUUAAAUAUUACCAACUAAGUGUAUUGAAUUUACAGUAGUUGCAUAUGAAUGU